AUGAGUGAGGGCAAAUCCCUUACGCUGUCUAUUUUCCUCUUCGCUCACAUCGACGGUUUCUUUCUACCGGCUCGUCGUAACGACGCACUCCUUUCCCGUCCACUUUCCCCCAAUCACUCCUCGAAUCUCCAUUUUGUUGGCGGGGCAGCUGCCCGUAUCGGUGCCGCUUAUUUCCCCACUCCUCCAACCAUCCUCCAACUCUCAACAGUCAUUUCACCGCAUUUCACUCAUGCCAAAAGUCGACUCAAUCCAUCGAUGGGUAUCGAUUUUGAGCCAUUAUCUGGGCAAUGGGUCGCCAUCAUUACUUCACAUGUACACGAUUACUCAGCGGUUGCCUUACUUCCCGUGGCGGUUGUCGUGUGUCUAGUGAUUGCCGUAGCUGCCCUUUAUCAGUGUAGACGGUGUCGGCAUCACAGGAAACAGAUUGAGCAACUUGCGUGGGUGUACGAUGUGCUAGAGGAUGCUCUCCCCUCUCCAUUACCCGUUCAACGACAACACUCGAAACCGCCCACUCCUCGCGCGUUUCGACCACCCGAUUCACCGCAGCUCUCCCCAGCGCAACGAGUUUCUCAAGCAGUUCGCCCACCACCCGCACAUUCAUCGCCAUUUUUUCAACCAGCUUGCAAGGGGAGAGCACUUCGAUACGAUAAUUUCACGAAAGCGACUUCAGCUACAGAGGUGAUUUUUCACUUCACUUCUCUCCUCGACGAGAACUCGACGAACUCAAUCGAGCAACAUGUU